UUAAUGACCAUGAGUUCCUACUUGAUAAACUCCAACUAUAUCGAGCCUUCCUUUCCUCCAUGCGACGAAUAUCAGCAGAGCGGAUACAUCCCCAACCCUGGUGAUUACUACGAGCGGCCAAAAGAUACGGGCUUCCCCCAUCACGACGAACCAUCCUAUCCGAGGUCAAACUACACGGAAUCGGGCUACGAUUACGGUAACGUCCCCGCCACCGGACUCGAUGAUUUCGGCGAUGGGCAUCACGCACAGCCGCAGCCGGUUCCACAGAGCCACGGUCCUCGCCUCACCGCGGCCCCAGACGGUGGCGCAGGGGCAAAUGCCAGUAAAGACUGCAGCCUUGCCAGUGAGGUAUAUCCCGGCGUAGCGAAGGGCAAGGAGCCGGUGGUCUAUCCUUGGAUGAAAAAGGUCCACGUUAGCACCGUCAGUGCCAGUUACAAUGGAGGAGUGCCCAAGAGGUCCCGCACUGCCUACACCCGCCAGCAGGCUCUGGAGCUGGAGAAGGAGUUCCACUUCAACCGGUACCUGACCCGGCGCAGGCGGGUGGAGAUUGCACAUACCAUGUGUCUGUCCGAGCGCCAGGUCAAGAUCUGGUUUCAGAACCGGAGGAUGAAGUGGAAGAAGGAGCACAAGCUUCCCAACACCAAGAUCCGCUCCUCCAGCUCGGCCUCGUCCUCAGCCUCGGGGGCCCAGCAGCAGCAGCAGCAGAUCAAAACAGGCCAGCAGCUUGUCCCCACGCCGUGCACCGCAGGUCUAUAGUGCAUGAACGAACCCCAACCCCAUAAAAACCCCAAUCCAGACUGAGAUGGCAAAUAACACAAGUGGAAUUUGUUGGACCGAUUCUCAGUAUUUUACACACAUGGUGUUCUCUCUUUCACCUUGCCUCUGCCAUUGGGCCCCUGUCACGUCCUUUGUACCCUUUCCCUCUCCGGUCGUCCUCGCCCUCUUCAUAUAAGCUUGAAAUUCACCUCUAAUUGCCACGGUGGCAACUGAAGUGUUUAUAUAUUUGUUUAUUAUUAUGAAAGAAGGAUUACGCACACUCAAAACGUAGGACUUGGAUCAAAAAUGUAUCAUUACAGUUAAAAUUGAGUGAGGUAAAAGUAAGUUUGAACUCAUUUUUCUAUGUUCUGUUUGAUUAUUGUUCUUCUGUUUUGUAUUAUUGCUCAUGGAAAGUUCUAAUAUACUUGAAAGAUAUUUAGCGAGACUCUAUAGAUGCCUGUGUAGAAAACCAGACGGCUGUUUUAGAGGUAUGGCAUCAGUCAGAAUAACAGUGUAGUUUGUGUGUUUGAGUGGGUUGGUUUACUGUUGAAUGUAGUCCAGGUGACUUUCACAUUUAAUGUACAUAGACAAAUCAUAAUGAAGGCACAAUAAGCAAAGCAUUUCGUCAAGUAGAAUUAUGUUCGUUGGUGUUGUAAGGUCUAGUUUUAUUUGUGCUAUAGUGCGUCCCAUGUUGUGCUGUGUUCUAAACUGUGAAUAUUUGUAUGUGGUGUCUCAGUAAUGACCGUUGUGAUGUAGGCUAGUGUAGGAUCAAAUUGUCCCUGUGAAAUAAAUAUGUACUUCAC